AUGAGGUUGCAAAGCAUUGAAUAGGACUGAGCACACACGCAGGCACCCACAUGCUUAUCAGCCAGCCUUGUGAAAAGAGGGUGUGGUGGGGUCAGGAGAAGCAUUCAGCCCUCCUAAGAGUCUUUUGCCUCAGUGCCUUUGGCUGGUUUCCUUCACGUCUUCCCUCCAGAAACCGCAGGAUGGACAUGCAGGCGGGCUGUCUUUUGUGAAGGGCUAGUGGAGGGUCGCUUUGAGGUGGAAUCAUCCUAAUGGAUUUUACCACACUGGUUUGAUAGAAACAUUUUGUGAUAAGAAUCGCAAGAUAAUGUAACCUGUGUAAUAUUUAAUCCCAGCCAGCUAAAAUGAUCUACACAACAUGUAGUUCCCCGGGCGAGGAGCUUGGAGGACAGUUGUACGCUGCAUCAACGAGAUUGGAAAAUUCAGUUUGCUUUUGACAAAGAGAAUUUUAUCAAACAGUUCGUACUUCUUCACUUAAUUUUGUCAAGCCUUCAGAAAGUCAGAAUUUCUAGGAUUGGGCUCUGCAGCUUCUUAGUGGAUGGCGGCAAGGGAAAAAGUGGGGGACAGGAAGAUGAGGAAAGCCAAAUUUCAGCUCCCCAAGUCGCGGCGGCGCCUCUCUCCACUGACCGCCAGGGGGCGUGCUCGGCCCGCUCCCGCCUCUUUCUGGGCACGUGAUCUCGGUCCAGCCUUCUCGCUUUACGGCCCGUCGCCUGCAGCGGCAGCGGUUACCAUGGAGACGGGGCUUGGUUGGCAACUGUAACUAGGGAGCCUGUGGAGAAAGCUGCCGCAUCUGGAGGCCGGGAGGUGGGAAGAGGGCUUCACGCAGCGGGACGACCCCGGCCUUUGAGGACCAGGAGAAAGCUCCAAAGAGAAUAAUGUCAGAUGCAGAGGAAAACCCACUAGAAGAAACAGAAGAAUAUGGAGAAAUAGAAAUGCAAGAAGAAGAUGAUGAAGAAGAAUAUCCAAAUUUUGAAGGGCUAGAAAAUAUGCAACAGGAAUUAAAAGAAGUUAACACAUUAGCAUGGAUAGAGUCUCCAGAGGAGGAGGAGGAGGAGGCAGAAGAAGAAGGGAGGGAAGAAGAGGAGGAGGACAGGGAAGGGAGGGAGGAGGGAGAGGAAGAGGAGGAGGAAGAAGGGGAAGGGGAGGAGAGAGAGGCCUUAGGAGCACAGGAAGAAAGCACAGUGGAGCCUGAAGAAAUCACCACGUCCAUUAUCAGUUUGGAGAGAUUUGCGCAGCCUGAUUCCCAAACAGUCUUGUCAGAAACAUCCCUAAAAAGUGGUAGCGAGUCAAAGCUUUCAUUACAAUCAGAGUUUUUGGAAACGUUCGAGCUUCCAAGAAGCCCUGGCUCACAAUUAGAGUUUCUGGAUUUGGAUGUAACCACUUCUGGGGAACCACUGAUUAGUUUCCCGGAAAGGCAGCCUUCAGGCGAGCUCGACCAGAGGCCCCAAGAUGAAUUGGAAGAAGAAGAAGGGAGAGACUUGGAACCAGAAAGGGGAGACUUGGAGCAGGAAAAGAGGGAAAGGAGAAAAGAAAAGAGAGUAUCAUGUAUCAGCGAGAAAAGCGAAAAAGAGUCACAGCCCAAAGCAAGGAUCACCAAGGCAUCGCUGGUCUCCACUGCCACUGAGGACAUUUUGUUCCAAAGGAGGGAGAGUGCCAACAUGUACCCCUUGACCAUGACCUGGUCAUUCGGGUGGAACAGUUCCCUUCCCGUUUACUACAUUCGAGAAAACGAGAGAGUCCUUCUCUACGCCAGUGGUCACACUGGGGUCAUCUACAACGUCCUCAAGAACAACCAGUACCAUCUUCAGGGCCACCCCAACGUCAUUUCCUGCCUCUGCAUCAGCGAAGACAGGCGCUGGGUCGCCACGGCCGACAAAGGGCCCGACUGCCUGAUCAUCAUAUGGGACUCUUUCACAGGCAUUCCUGUGCAUACAAUAUUCGACAGCUGCCCUAGAGAUAACGGCAUCAGGGCCAUGGCCAUGACCCGCGACGCUAAGUAUCUGGCAACCAUCUCAGAUGCCGAAAUCCAGAAAGUUUGCAUCUGGAAGUGGACAUUAGCAGUAGAAACGCCAGCGUGCACUCUUGACCUCCCCAAGGAGUAUGGUUUUCAGAACUACCUAAUUUUUAAUCCAACAAAUAAUAAAGAAUUGGUGAGCAAUAGUAAAACACAAGUAAUAUAUUAUACGUGGUAUCCAGAGGGAGGCAUACUUGUUCACAGUGCCCCACUUUUAACAGAUAAAACAUUCAACAAGCUCGUGGGAAAAUUUAGCCAGUCUGUCUUUCAUUUGAAUUUAACCCAAAUACUGUCCGCGACGAUGGAAGGGAAGCUGGUUGUCUGGGACAUUUACCGCCCACCGCCAUCUGCCUCCUCCUCCAUGGGCUUUCCCCAUAUCAAACCUUGCAAACUGGUUCAUUUGCAGAAGGAGGGUAUCACUGUGCUCACUACAGUUGACAGCUAUAUUGUCACAGGCGACAUUCGGGGCAACAUCAAGUUCUAUGAUCACACCCUCUCCAUUGUGAACUGGUACAGCCACUUCAAACUCAGCUCCAUAAGAUCCCUGUCCUUUUCAAAGACCCCAGCAGCCCCUCCAGCCGAAAAUACAAACUAUCCUCCAGACUGCACUCUAAAAAGUGACGAUUUUGUUGUAAGGAAUUUUAUCAUCGGAACAUCAGACGCGUCAGCGUACCACCUGACGGUAGAUGGGACUAAACUUGAGAAGUUAUUUGUCGAGCCCAGGGAUGCCAUUUGUGCUAUCUCCUGCCACCCAUACCAGCCCCUCAUCGCCAUCGGAAGUUUUUGCGGGAUGAUCAAAGUGUGGGAUUAUGAACAGAAAAAAUACCUCUUCAGCAGGGUCUUUGAGAAGGGGCUUGGAGUUCAGAGUCUGACCUACAACCCUGAAGGAGCUCUGCUGGGAGCUGGCUUCACAGAGGGGACAGUUUACAUUCUUGAUGCAAUGUCCUUAGAAAGUGCAAUCUCAGAGCCUUUCAGAUAUUCCAGAAGCAGCGUGACUCACAUCAGUUUCUCCCAUGACUCCCAGUACAUGGCGACUGCUGAUGUAAGUUUCACUGUGGCUGUUUAUGUGGUGAGAGUCAAACAUAGACGAAGGGUCUGGGAAUACUUGGCAAGGCUGCGCUCUCACCGCAAGAGCAUUCGAAGUAUCCUGUUCGGGGUUCAUCUGGACAGCAACGAGCCCCGACUGCUGAGCCUCGGCAGAGACAGACUCCUGAUUGAGUAUAACCUACUCAAGAGCUACAAAGACCACCUGGCAGUCCUGGACAUUCACCGAACCGACCAGGGCAGCUAUCCCACCUGUAUGGUCUGGUACCCGCCACUCACCAAGGAGCUCUUCCUGCUCAUUUGCAACAGUGGCUACAAAGUGAAGCUUUUUAAUUCUACCACAAAAAUGUGCAGGAAGACACUCCUCGGGCCAGUGUACGGAUCUCCCAUCGAGCAGAUACAAAUCCUCCCAGUGAAAUCCACUCUGGAACUGCAGAAGCGCUACAUGGUGUUUAUUAACAGAGACAAGGUUGGACUUCAGAUCUUACCAGUUGAUGGCAAUCCACAUAAAACCUCUGCCCUCAUAUGCCACCCAAAUGGGGUGGCCGGCAUGGCCCUUUCCUAUGACGGCUGCUAUGCCUUCACAGCAGGAGGGCAGGAUCGGUCAGUGGUGCAGUGGGAAAUCAACUUAAGUGCCCUGGAGGCAGCGGUUUCUCUCGGGGGCGAAGACCUGACCCCGUUCUAUGGUCUGGUGUCUGGUGGCAGGGAAGGAAAAUUCUACAGGGAGCUGGAAGACUAUUUUUACUAUUCUCAGCUCCGUAGUCAAGGUAUCGAUACAAUGGAGACCAGAAAGGUGUUGGAACACAUCUGCCUGUCGGAGCUUCCUUUUGUCAUGAGAGCAAUUGGCUUUUACCCAUCGGAAGGGGAGAUUGAAGAUAUGUUUAAUGAAAUCAGAUUUAGUGAGUAUGUGGACACUGGAAAGCUUACCGACAAAAUCAACUUACCAGAUUUCUUCAAAGUCUACCUCAAUCAUAGGCCACCCUUCGGUAACACCAUGAGCGGCAUCCAGCAGAGCUUUGACAUUCUUGGUUUCACCAAUUCAAAGGGAGACAAGGCUAUUCAAAGAGAGGAUUUUCUGAAUCUGCUUCAAACUAAAGGUGAGCACAUGACGGAAGAGGAGAUGACGGACUGCUUUGCCACACUGUUUGGACUGAAUCCCGAGGGCUGGAAAUCCGAGCCUGCAGCCUCCUCUGUCAAAGGUUCUGAAAUUUGCUUAGAAGAAGAACUUCCAGACGAAAUCACUGCAGAAAUAUUCACGACUGAAAUUCUUGGCUUAACCAUUUCCCAAGAUUCUGGACAAGAUCCUAGGAUCAGUGAAGCCGAGCAGAGUUUCUGAAGCACAAAGGACUUUGUGUGUGUAUGUGUGGUUUUUCUCCCCUCAAGAGGUACCGCUAUUCUGGCAUUUCCCUACCCCUGCUCUAAUCUUCAGAACGUUUAGACAUUAAAAGCAUAUUUCUGUUAAGCAACAGAUUUCACAGAGUUGGACAUUCUACUCUGUCCGAAAU